AUUGCCCUGAAAUAUGACCCCCAGAUAGAAGAAGAUCUGCGUAACUGGAUAGAAGAGGUUACAGGGCUGAGCAUUGGUGCAAACUUUCAACUGGGAUUAAAAGAUGGCAUAAUCUUAUGCGAGCUUAUAAAUAAGCUGCAGCCAGGAUCAGUGAAGAAAAUUAAUCAAUCAAAACUAAAUUGGCACCAGCUGGAGAACAUUGGGAAUUUUAUCAAAGCCAUCCAAGUCUACGGCAUGAAGCCACAUGAUAUUUUUGAAGCAAAUGACCUUUUUGAAAAUGGAAAUAUGACUCAAGUACAGACUACUCUAGUGGCACUAGCAGGUCUGGCAAAAACCAAAGGUUUUCAUACUACAAUUGAUAUUGGUGUCAAAUAUGCAGAGAAACAAGCACGAAGUUUUGAUGCAGGAAAACUAAAAGCUGGUCAAAGUGUAAUUGGCCUGCAGAUGGGCACCAACAAGUGUGCCAGUCAGGCAGGCAUGACUGCUUAUGGAACUAGAAGACACCUCUAUGAUCCAAAAAUGCAAACUGAUAAGCCAUUUGACCAGACAACAAUUAGCCUACAGAUGGGCACUAACAAAGGAGCCAGUCAGGCUGGUAUGCUGGCACCAGGUACCAGGAGAGACAUCUACGAUCAGAAGCACAUAUUACAACCUGUGGAUAACUCAACUAUUUCAUUACAAAUGGGUACCAACAAAGUAGCUUCACAGAAGGGAAUGAGCGUGUAUGGGCUUGGACGACAAGUGUAUGACCCCAAGUACUGUGCUGCACCAACAGAACCUGUCAUUCAUAACGGCAGCCAAGGAACAGGAACUAACGGGUCAGAAAUCAGCGAUAGCGAUUAUCAGGCAGAAUACCCAGAUGACUAUCAUGGAGAGUACCAAGAUGACUAUCAAAGAGAUUACCAUGGUCAGUACAGUGACCAGGGCAUUGAUUAUUAGCUUUGCAACAAAAGUUCAGUAUUAGUCCAUUAUUUUAUUCAGUAAGAACGAAACUAGCCUUGUGGAAUUGUUACCUGUCUUUCCUACACACUAUGCUUAAUUACCUAAAGAAAUAUUGCCUUACAUACAUUCCCUUUUCCUUUCUCUGCCCUUUCCCUGUCUAGUUGCCUUUAGUGCUGUAACAGUUGUAGUCUACAGCAUAAACAAUAACUGCAUAUGAAGUAAAAGGAAUACUGUGAAAGGGGGAGUGCUCUUGUACAGCCAGGUCGUCCGAUAAGGAGCUAUGCAUUUUCGCAAUCUCUACUUAAGUAGGUAUUUACAUACCACAUUAAGCCUUCAUUUUACGUAUUUACAGCUUUUCUGUUUUCCAGAUGAGAUAAAAGAAUUUCAUGCUUAAAGUUAAAUGUGGUCUUUGCCAAUUAAAUCUAAGACAUCACAUUAGUGAUUUAAAUAUCAUUUACUAUGUUUCUAAGGUAUUGUUUGCUAAUGGUAAGUCCUGCAUUAGACAUGAGUGUGCAUUUGUGAUUGUGUAUUCAUUCCAUUAUCAACACUGACCAAAUUCUUAGAAAUAGUUGUCUUACUAAAAAGGGAGCUUGUACAAAGUCUUGAGCCAACAGAAGUCCCAUGAUUGAUGGUGCAUUUACCUUUUAUUGUGCCAUAAUAUAACCAUGUAGAAAUGCUUUUUCUUCCUUCAACUGUAUUUAUUGCCACACUUCUCAAACUGAUCCCAGUGUAUUUUUAUAAAUAAAUAUUUUUUUCUUAAAGGUA